UAAGGGACAUGACUCAGACAUGCCAAGACACUGCUAUACCAGAAACACACAUUCCUCCGGCUGUCUGCAACAGCAUCGCCUUGUCAAAACUCCGAUCCAUCUCAUCAGGAUUUGGCCCCCUCUUGACACGUCAAUAUGUUAAAGACGCGGAUACUCAGACUGAUGAUGACUUCAUGGCCGACAUGGAAAUGAAACACAAAAUGGUCAUUGCAGAACUGAAGACGAAAAAUGACUCCGAUGAGAAACGCAUUAAGAGACUUACAGACGAGUCCAAUGCUGAAAUCAGAAGCUUGAAAUCGGUCAUUGCAGAACUGAAGACGAAAAUUGGUUCCGAUGAGAAACGCAUAAAAAGACUUACAGACGAGUCCAAUGCUGAAAUCCGAAGCUUGAAAUCGCGCAUUGAAGAGAAAGAACUCAUCGAGAAGAGAGCGCCAACAACCAUGGACUUCUUGCUAGGUGUGGCCAGAGAAUGUGUUGUUCAUGAGCUGAAACCAGGAGCUAUAGACAGAUCUAUGUUUCUGAAGUGUACACCACUGAAGUAUGACAUGGACAGAUUCAAUCUCGACAAAGUCCACAUCAACACAGAAGGAGACAUGGUCAACAGGAAGUCGGACACCAGACCUGUAGGGGAAGGGAGACUGAAGAAGUACUGUGGAACAUGCAGUACUGACCCCCUCCCUCAGGAUGGUUGUCCCCAGUACUGGGAGGUGGAGAACAGGGUCAGUCUGGACAAACCACUCUCACAGACCAACCUCAUCCUGGAGGUUGGAGUAUGUAGGGAGGAGCAGAGGGACGCAGAUCAUUGUAUAGAUGGACGUCCUUACUCCUACUGUAUGACCGUCAACCACUGUACUACACACGGCGGGAUAUGCAGGAAGAUAUGGAAGGAGGGGAAGCAUGUGCUGUGUCUGCCUGACACUCUCCCCAACACAGCAGGGGCAUCACACACACUACAUUACGGUGUUGUCUAUGAUGACGCCAGGAAGAAGAUUGUCUUCAUUGAUGUGAAGGAGAAGAAAGUCAUGUCGACGUUAGACAAUGUAGACUGUAGUGAACCACUGUGGCCGAUGUUCGGGGUUUAUAACUCAGAUUGGGUCACUGUCAGCAUGAGACUUGUAGUGGGCAGCGACAUCUACAUGACGGAGGAGAAGGCAAUGAUUGUCAAGGCGCUUUCGUGAUGCCGUGGCGUGAGAGAGAUUUUGAUGGUGGUGGUGAUGAUGAACAAAAUUAGAUAUGUAGAUAUUGAUUUU